CUCCGAGAGUUGUGUUUUUAUACUUUUCAACAUGUCGAAAUAACUUCAUUUCGGGGGGACGACAAUGUGUCCGUAACGUGUGCGCAGCGGAACUGAAAAAGGCAGCGAAGUCUCUCUCUCUCUCUUUCUCGGUUUUUUUUUUUUUUUUGUCGGGAAGGACGGAGCGGUGGUUGGGAAAAUGUGUUGUCAUCUUCGUGUAGUCAACAGCCUUGGGCAACAAAUAUGGCUACUUCUUGUGUGUCCUUCAAUUCGGGUUGAAAGCCGUCUCGACUGGGUCGACCGGGAUACUUUCAGCGAGUUACGACAGUAGUGCGAAGUGAAGUUGACGACCAGCUACGUAAAGACGUUGGGUUUCGUCCCCGAAGCGGAUUUUAGGUUCAACCCGAAGCGGAGCGAUUCAGAGAUGGAGCCCAAGCAUAAAGAGUUGUUGGAGAAAUGUUACCAGAACUUAGUGGACUCGUUAACAGACGCGGACCGAGUUGUGGAUGUUUUGGCUCGCUGCGGGACCCUCAGCCAGUCUGAACGCUACGAGCUGGGACACAACUGCUCCAGCGACUCGGAGAAAGUGGACCUCCUCCUGAAGAUACUCAUGAGUAAGGACAGAGACCAUUUCGCGGAGUUUUGCACGGCCCUGGAGAAGCUGCACCCUCACCUGCACUCCGUGCUGCUGAAUGGCACCGGACCAGUGGAUCACACCACCGGUUCCACUUCCAGCAUCUUGUCCACCAUGCCGUCGGACUCGGAGAGCAGCAGCUCUCUCAGCAGCUUAGCCUCCUCCCCUCCGCCCGCUCACAUGGACGGCCACCAGGUUAACGAGAAGAUGGAGACGGUUCUGUUCCAGCUCAGACAUGUGACCCGCGAGAGGGACGAACUACGCAAACGUCUGGCUCUCUCUUCUCCCGGAACCACCUUCGAUGACUGCAGACCAACCUCAAAAGCGGGUCACGACUACGAGCGUCUGAAGCUGCAGUGCAUGAAGGCGAUGGCAGACCUGCAAUCCCUGCAGAACCAGCACAGCACCACCCUGAAGAGGUGCGAGGAGGCUGUGAAGAAAGCCGACUUCUACCAUACGCUGCACAGCCGUCUGGCGAGCGAGCAGGCCCAGCUGAAAGAGGAGCUGGAGGCGAUGAGACAGGACAACCUCCAGCUGGUCAGGGAGCACAACCACGUGAAGCAGGCCUGCGAGGAGCUGAGGAGGCUACAUGACGACGACAGAGAGGCGGCUGAAAUGAGGAUACUGCACCAACAGGUGAUGAGAGAGGGCUCCUCUGACGUCCUCAACAAGCUUUACGACACAACUGUUGACAAGUUGGAGGCCUUGAAGUGUGACUACGAGUCUCUGAGGAAGCGCUACAACGAGAAGACGGCCGGUCACAACGCAGACAUCAGUCGUCUGGACCAGGCUGAGGAGGAGAACCAUCGGCUCCAGAAACAGCUGGAUAUGCUGCUGAAGCAGAGAGAUGCUGCCAUCCACUAUCAGCAACAGUACUCCUCGUCUAUAAGAAGGUUUGACAACACGCAUCAAGAUCUGUCCAAAGCCACAGCCCAGAACCAGGAGCUGCAGCGAGAGAUGGACCGGCUGCAGGCCGAGGCGACCCGGCAGAAGACCCAGCAGCUCAAGGCGGUGAAGGACAGCGAGAAAUACAGGGAGGAGCGGGACUCCGUGAUCAACGAGUACCGCUUGAUCAUGAGCGAGCGAGAUCAGGUGAUCAAAGAGGUGGACGGGCUGCAGACCGGGCUGGAGAUGGCCGAGGCGAAGCUGAAGAACACCUCCUCAGAGAGGCGGGUGGCCAGCGAAGAGCUGGAGGCUCUCCGACAGGAGCUGGCCUCAGCACUGGUGGACAGGGACCGGGCCAUCUGUGAAAAGAAUGAGCUGCUGGAGAAAUACUGCCGUGAGGUGAAGGACAAGGCCGAGGCCCAGAAAGAGCUGAGCCAAGCCUGCAGGGACGUCGAGACGGUGCGCGAGGAGAGGGACGUGGCUCGCAAGGAGAGGACGGAGGCCAUCAUCCAGAGGGACCAGCUGCUGCGAGAGUAUUACCAGGCCAGACAGAAACAAGACUCUGCCACUCUGGACAUGGAACGAGCCGACAAGGAGAUCGAUAUCCUGAGGAAGCAGUACGAGGCCGUCUCCCAGGAGCUGAAGGAGGCCGUGCAAGAGGCCGAGGUCGCUAAGUGCCGGCGAGACUGGGCCUUUCAGGAGAGGGACAAGAUAGUGGCAGAGAGGGAGAGCAUCCGCACCCUAUGUGACAACCUGAGACGAGAGCGGGACAGAGCUGUGAGUGAUCUGGCGGAUGCUCUGAGGAAUCUGGAUGACACAAGGAAGCAGAAGAACGACGCUGCACGCGAACUCAAAGAACUAAAAGAAAAGAUGGAGGACCAGCUGGAAAAGGAAGCACGGUUUCGUCAGCCGAUGGUUCACAGUUCACAUGAUUCAGCCAUCGACACAGACUCGAUGGAGUGGGAGACGGAAGUUGUAGAAUUUGAGACGCACAGAGACAUGGAUUUGAAAGCGCUUGGGUUUGAUAUCGCUGAAGGGGUAAAUGAUCCUUAUUUACCAGGAGAUUGUGGCAUAUUUGUCAGUAAAGUGGAUAAAGGAAGUAUCGCUGAAGGAAGAUUACGGGUGAACGAUUGGUUGUUGAAAAUGAAUGAUGUGGACCUGACCAACAAGGAUAGGAAACAGGUGAUCAAAGCGGUGCUGAGCGGCGAGGGCGUGAUCAAUCUGGUGGUACGCAGAAGGAAGUCCCUCGGAGGACGGGUCAUCACGCCGAUGCAGAUAAACCUGGCUGGACACAAAGACAGUGGCAUCGGUGUUGAAAGUGGUGUGUUUGUUGCCACUCUGAGUCCAGGCAGUCCAGCUGCCAGAGACUGCGCUCUUACUGUCGGGGAUCGACUGUUGGCUAUCAACGGCAUUGCACUUGACAACAAGUCGCUCUCUGAAUGUGAGUCUCUGCUGAGGAACUGCCGUGAUUUUCUCAGCAUCUCCCUCGUGAAGUUCCUCCCACAGAGCUAUUCUGGCCAAAGUUUAUUUGAAGGUUUGAGAGACUGGGAAAAGAUCUCUCGGCUCCAGCCCUGUGAGGUCCACGCCAUUAACUGCAGGAACUCCACGCACAACUGCUCCACACAAACAGACAUUUGCAGCUGUGACUCGGGUGGCAGGGGGGACGACGCUUGUAAGGAGACGGGCGACUCUUUGGACGGCAGCAGUGGCAACUCCCACUGCCACCACAAGCCUUUUUCCAACAGCUCCCUGCAUUCCCGCUCCCUCUCCAACUCCCACAGUCCCUUAGAGCCCCACCCAGACUUCUGCCACCGGAGGCCGGAGCUCCACCAUCGUCCCGUCACCCCUGUGCUCUCUGACUGCGUCUCUCCUCAGACCGUUUUGGACCGGUUGCAAAGUUCCUCAGCAAAGCCCGGUGGAGGCACGUGGCCUAAAGUCAUAACUUUAACGGAGUGUGCCCAGCUCUCGAUUUACAAAAAAGUCAAACAGAGGAAGUCCAUCUUCGAGGUGAACGCUUUCAGGAGACCCGAGGCGUCCUCGAAACCGGAAUACAUGACUCUUUCUCACUUGCCCAAGCACUCGCCGCCGAGCUCGAUAUCUGAAUCCGCUCAGACUCCUCCCACCCCGCCAACCAGGAGCGACUCGUUCCGGUUCAAACAUCGCCAGCAGAACAGCUCGGCAUCCGACUCCACAAUAACCGCCGGCACUCCACCAACCACCCCGGCUCAAUCUGCAAGCUCACAGGACCAAGGAGAGGCAGGGGACCCGCUUUAUACCUCGGACGCUCCUCCAGAUGAAGCCAAAAGCGGCUCCAAGAAGCCUGCUGAGGAGGGGCGUCGACAAAGAGCGGAGGAGCGGCUGAAGAGGAGGUACAGGCCGAAAUCAGCACCUGCACUACGGCGAAAUGUUACUCCAUUACACAUCCCUGGCCCCAUGCAGGUCCAGAGUUUCUCUAACGACGAGCACUCUCCGGAACCGAUGGACUUGUUGCGCUUCUCGCCCAUGCGUUCCAAUCGGUACAGCAUGCCCUUUGCACCCCCCAGCUACGGCAGCGUCGCGUCACACCCAGCACAGCGAGGGUUAGCCGCGUGUCCUGCAGUGACGGCGGUGAUGAGGAACCCAGUGUACACCGCCUGGAGCCAUGAGAUCCAGACCAAUAACUGUCCUCCUGCCUCCAGCUCAGGCGUCCACACACAUUCACAUCUAAGCCCCCAGCAUCAAGGUUGCCUCAGCCUGGACCUCAGCCACAAGCGCACUGGAGAGUCUGAGAGGAGCUGCAGCCAACCACCACACAGCACCAACUCCCUGCCCUCCAGUGCCAGACUGGGCUUCUCCAGUACUUUACAGAUUAAGGCAGAACGCAUUAAGAUAACCCCAACUCGUUAUCCGCGCGCCACUGGAUCUGAUAAAGGGUCCCUCUCACAUUCGGAGUGCAGCAGCCCGACACCGCCAACGUCCCCCAUCAAUUUGGAGACCUCGUCUUUCGCUAGCCAAUCGCAGAGCUCCAUUUCCACCCAGCCCAGGAUAUCAGUCAGUCCCGCUCCCGUUGGUGACAGGCGGAAGGACGGAUUUGUCUCUUAUGUCACUUCUUCUGUCAGACUUCCACUGGCCGUUAAACCCAAGUUCGUCUCUUUAAGAAGCUUGAGGCCGUACUUGGAGGAGCCACGCAAUGUCAUCGUACAGAAAGGAGCCGACCCACUUGGGAUCUCCAUUGUGAGCGGAGAGAACGGCGGAGUGUUUGUGUCCAAAGUGACAGCAGGCAGCAUCGCACACCAAGCCAGCUUAGAGUACGGAGACCAACUCCUCGAGUUUAAUGGAAUCAACCUUCGCAAUGCCAACGAGCAGCAGGCGCGGCUGGUGAUCGGGCAGCAAUGUGACACAGUCACCAUUUUGGCUCAGUAUAAUCCUCACAUGUUUCAGCUGGGCAACCACUCUCGUUCAGGUUCUCGUAUGGAGUCGAUCAGCAACCAGCCGACUAGCCGCGGUAGCGGCGCCACGACGCCGGACAACGAGUGCCCCAGCGACACUCUGAGCGAGCAGGACGAGGGCACCAUGACGCCGCCGUCCAAACAGACCACUCCUGCCAACAGCCCUCACGGCUCCUUCAGGCUUCCUGGUUCCGGUACACUCCGGGCUGCAGAGCCUCGGCUGGUACGGCUGAAGAGGAUCCAGGUGGAGCUGGGAGUUCAGGUCUGUGGGGGAAACCUUUAUGGCAUCUUCGUGGAGAGUUUGGAUGACGAGAGCCCUGCUAAGAGUCCUGACGGCCUGCUGCUUGGAGACUUGAUAUUGGAGUACAACGGCAUCAGCAUGAAGAACAAAACUAAAGAAGAUGCUUACCUGGAAAUGUUGAAACCAGCUGAAACAAUCACAUUCAAGGUCCAGAACUGCGUGGACAACCUCUCUGCAAUCAAAGAGUCCCCUGGAGAUGGAUUUUUCAUAAGAGCACUUUAUGAGAGGGUGGUGGCAGAGGUGGAGCAGGAACUCUGCUUUAAGAAAGAUGACAUCCUGUAUGUUGAAGAUACACUACCAAAUGGCAAUUUUGGCUACUGGAUGGCCUGGCAACUCGACGAGAAUGCACAGAGGUUGGAGAAGGGGCAGAUUCCAAGCAAAUACAUGAUGGACCAGGAGUUCUACAAAAGACACGGCACGGCCGACAUGAAAGACGACAACGGCACCAUCAAGUCUCUGUCGGCCGCCGCUCGUCGAUCCUUCUUCCGCCGCAGGCUGAAACACAAGCGCAGCGGAUCAAAGGAUGGGAAGGAUCUGAUGACUCUGGACGGCAUAAGCAUAGAUUCUUUGCCCAUUACAGAAGAUGGAGUCAGCCUGAUGUACCAGAGGGUGCAGCGGGUGGAGAGCGCCUUCCCCAGAUCGGUGCUGGUCUUGGGCCCGUUAGUGGAGGCCAGUAAGGAGAUGUUGGUGAAGGAGGCUCCUGACCAGUUCUGCCGUUGUCUGCCUGAGAUAAUGAAGGCGUCUCAGCAGGCAAUCGAGCGCGGAGUCAAAGACUGUGUGUUCAUCGACUACAAACGGCGGAGCGGCCAUUUUGAUGUGACGACUGUCGCGUCAAUAAAAGAGAUCACCGAGAAGGACUGUCACUGUUUACUUGACAUCGCGCCGCACGCCAUCGAGCGUCUUCACAGCGUUCACAUCUACCCAAUCGUCAUAUUCAUUCGCUACAAAAAUGCCAAGCAGAUCAAAGAGCAGAAGGACCCUUUGUACCUGCGGGAUAAACUCUCUCAGAAGCAUUCCAAGGAGCAGUUUGAGGCGGCACAGAAAAUAGAGCAGGAGUACAGCCGCUUCUUCACAGGCGUUGUUCAAGGAGGCAGUGUCGCCUUCAUUUGCACUCAGAUCAUGAACAUCGUGGAUCAGGAACAAAGUAAAGUUCUGUGGAUUCCAGAGGGAGCGCCAUAGAAGAUGUGAUCAUUAUUAUUAUGGGAUACACGGUGAAACGGUACAGCUAAAAGACAUUGUGGUUCACUCCAAUGCUUUUUCACAUGUAGCAAUAUCCACACUGAUGACUAUGUUGAUCAUGUAAUAUUCCCACUACAAUAGUAUUGUACUGUACUACAGAUAGAUUUGUUUACACUAGUAUUUAAUACUUGAAUGUUUUAUUUCCCCUCGCAUCUAGUAGGAGUCCUUUUUUAAUCCCACUUUGUUCCAUGAAUAUGUCGGACCACAGGAAGUCUGCAUCGACGCAAACAUAAGACUUUAUUCUUGAAGUGAAGAUGAGAGUGGACCACCGUGUUCCCUUCGCUGUAUUUAUACGUAUUCUCCUGCCAUGUAAUUUAUGUUAUCAAAUCAAAGAUGUUGGUUAUGAACUUUUUGUAAUACAAAUGUAGUUGUGUAGUUAAUAGGAAGGAUGCUAUUUUCCAAUGACUGUCCUACUUUCACAUUAUGUUGCAGUCGUCUGUUCUAUUUUUUUUUCUCCCUUUGAUGGCACUGAUGGCACUGUCAUUCAUCAUUUCAGCCCUAAAAAUAUUGUGCCAAGCUAAAAAUAUCUGCUCCACUACCCAUUGUUCGGAUUUAUUAACACUACAACGUCCAGUCUGAAUCACGCAGCAGGUAACUUCUCAACACCAGUUUGUCCCAGGUUGUGUGUUCGACUGGUGUUGCCAAUAGUGCUCGUCUUUGUCCAGUGGAUUUUUUUUUUAAAAAAGGGAUAUUUUAUUCGUGGUACAUGGUUGGCUGUCGACUAAACCUCUUUACACGCACGUUUUUAGAUUUUCAGUACAUGACGUUUUCAACAUUUCAUGUUCACGUUGGAUGAAACACUCCAGGUCCUCUCAUAAUGAAUGUUAAUAUUUCUAUAAGAUAUUAAAAACUGUUCAACAAUU